AUGGGGAAAAAGAAAAUGGCAAGAAAACAAACCACUCAGACACCCCCUUCAAUCUGCCGGGAUGAAACCCCAGAAUUACAACCGCCAACGGAGGAGCAGCUGCCGAACUCACAACCACAAGAGCCGAUUCCUCAGGCUUCGGCGAUGGUUUUCUUGAACGCACUAGCGGAGUUCCUCAAACAGCAGGACCCGAACAAAGAUUGGGCGGCUGCAUUGGCGAGUUUUAGCCAAGUCGGAGAUGAAUCGAGCACAACCGGAGAAACCCCAAUAGUACCUACCCCAAAAACAAAUGUUCAACCUACAGUGCACCCACCGACUUCCAUUCCGACUUCCUCAACAAUCCCACCAGAAAAGAAAUCUCCCUCGACGACCGCACCAUCAGAAUCCUCAAACCCCUCCCCGACUCGCCAACAAAUCGAAACAAUGGAUGUUGACCCUCUUUCUGCCAAUUAUGAUUACCUAGGGGAAUGCGAAGGGAAAUCAAGCGAGGAGCAGAAGAGCCGAGAGGAAGAAAAUGAAUCAGAGAGAACACUGGUGGCGGAACCCGUUCCCCAAUAA